AUGUCGGCCCGCCCCGUAGUGUCCGUUUUCUCCAAGGAAGGAGUGGCCCAGGAGUCCACCACGCUCCCCGCCGUGUUCACGGUGCCCAUCCGGCCCGAUGUCGUGAACUUUGUGCACACCAACAUGGCCAAGAACCACCGCCAGCCUUACGCCGUGUCCAAGCGCGCCGGUCACCAGACCUCGGCCGAGUCUUGGGGAACGGGUCGCGCCGUGUCGCGUAUCCCGCGUGUCCAGGGCGGUGGAACUCAGCGUGCCGGACAGGGUGCGUUCGGUAACAUGUGCCGCGGCGGGCGCAUGUUUUCCCCCACGAAGAUCUGGCGCCGCUGGCACCGCAACGUGAACGUGAACCAGAAGCGCUACGCCGUGGCCUCUGCCCUCGCCGCCACCGCCGUGCCGGCCCUCGUCAUGGCCCGCGGACACCGCGUGGAAGAGGUGCCCGAGCUCCCGCUCGUGGUGGACACCUCCCUCGAGACGUGCUCCAAGACCGCCGCCGCUAUGGCCACCCUCACCGCCCUCGGCGCCGCCGCUGAGGUGGAGAAGGCGAAGGACUCCAAGAAAAUCCGCGCCGGCAAGGGCAAGAUGAGGAACCGCCGCUACGUCAUGCGCCGCGGGCCCCUCGUGAUCUACGACAAGUCCGAGGGCAUCAGCCGCGCUUUCCGCAACCUCCCCGGCGUGGAGACGGCUUGCGUCGACCGCCUCAACCUGCUCACCCUUGCCCCCGGAGGCCACAUCGGGCGCUUCUGCGUCUGGACGCAGGCGGCGUUCGACAAGCUGGACUCAAUCUACGGCACCUACACGGAGAAGUCGGACGUGAAGAGCAACUUCCAGCUGCCCCGUCACUGCAUGACCAACACGGACCUCAACCGCAUCAUCAACUCGGACGAGAUCCAGAGCGUGGUGAACGACCCCAAGCCCGAGGCCCAGGUGCGCCGCGUGGCCCGCAAGGUCAACCCCCUCAAGAACCGCGGCGUCAUGCUCAGCCUCAACCCCCACCACGAUGCCCGCAUCGCCGCUCAGCAAGCCCAGCAGGCGUCCAACAAGGCGGGCCGCAAGGCCGUUCUCAAGGAGCGCCGUGGCCGCAAGACGGCGCGCAGGGCCUUCCACGCCAAGGCUAACCUCGAGGGCGACGUCAAGUUCUAAGCUUGGCAUUUGGCUGUGGACGAGCUCUGCUGGUUGUUGUGCGGUUGCUCGUAGCGUCGAGUUUGUCCGAAGCUCUCCAAUCGAAAUGCGGGUUGGCAGGGAACAGAGGGGGCGAUUUCUGGGUUGGGAAGUUGGACACGACUGGUGUGAGGGGGCUUUGGCUGAUGCAGCGUCGUGCGUGUCUGAUGCAAGCGUGACGUGUUGCUCUUUUUUGCUGCGCGUUCGCGUUGUGGCGGGGGGGGUUCGGAAGAGCUCUCGGUGCAUGUGCUGACUGUGGGGUCGACAAGAAAAUUCUAUGAAAAAAACAACAAAGGGG